UUUCGUGUUCAUAUCUUCCUGUUCUCUGUUUACUAUUUUGACUAUCUUUGGAUAUUUCUACUGUUGAUCUCUAUAUCUAGCUAUUUGCAAAAGAGAACCAAGCAAUUUUGAAGAGCAUUGGUCUGUAUACAGCAUGAGUGACUUAUCAACAUUUGAGCCGUCAAAAGCCCAACUACGACAUGACCCUAUAUACUACGUGAAGCCGGGAUCCGACGACAAAGAGAAGUUGAAAAGAUGUAUUGAGAUAUUCGAACAUCAGGAGAUACAUCAAUGUUUCCGUGAGUUAGAAGACGAACUGGGAGCUGAUGAACCCACUAUUAAGAAUGCCAUUGCCCGCAAAAAAGCCCUCUUGAUCGACGGUAUCACCGUUGAUGCGAGCCUACAUGAUCUUAUCUGCGUGUUCGUCGAUAUACCCGAAAGCAGACCCCUCGAAGCUCGUCGAUGUCUCCUUGAUUCUAAAGAGGAACUACAGAAGAAAGUCGAUACUGUCGGGCACCGGCUCGCCGGAGGCCAGUCCUUUGAUGCGCUCAUCCCAACCGAGCCAGUUAAGGAUGGGUAUGUGAGGAUCAGUUACAAUUUCUGCACCAAGGCUGGGAACGGUAGAGUGGUGUAUGAAGAACUAUUACAUCUUAUUGGUAAAUACCUUGAGAAUAGGUUGACUGAUUCGGACAUGCCAGUUAUCCUCGGUGAUGAACUCCGGAUGGCUCAGACUGAACCGAGAUUGUGGCGGUUAGAGCGUGGUUAUGUCCACGACAGGAACCCACUGGGCGUGUCGAAAGAAAUCUUUUCUCCAGCUUGGAAAAGGGUAAUUGAAUGAAGAACACGGGGAUAGUCGUAGCACCUGCUUUAGCAUGGAUAUCUCAUUGUUUUCAAUGCUUGAAUUCGUUUAAGAGAGGGUCCUAUGUUUGAGAGGGAUAAUGCGCAUGUAACCUAACCUUUGAUACGAUUGCUCUUUAAUACUACUAUUGUUAUCCAUCA